UGCGCGUCCGUCUCCAGCCCGCGCCGCGAGGGGACGCGGAGGAAAUGUGGACUGUGUAGAGAUGAGCGACACUGAUCUCCGAUGUUGGAUAUUUGCUUGGAAAAACGUGUGGGUACGACCUCGGCUGCCCCAAAGUGUGACUCCAGCGCUGUGAGGUUUCAAGGGUUGGCAGAGGGGACGGAGGGGACCAUGAAAAUGGACAUGGAGGACGCGGACAUGACUCUGUGGACAGAGGCUGCGUUUGAAGAGAAGUGUACAUACAUCGUGAAUGAUCACCCCUGGGAUUCUGGAGCUGACGGAGGGACUUCAGUUCAGGCAGAGGCAUCCUUACCCAGGAAUCUGCUUUUCAAAUACACCACAAACAGCAAAGAGGUUAUUGGAGUAGUAAGUAAAGAAUAUAUACCAAAGGGAACAAGAUUUGGACCUCUAAUAGGUGAAAUCUACACCAACGAUACAGUUCCCAAGAAUGCCAACAGGAAAUAUUUUUGGCGGAUCUAUUCCAGAGGGGAGCUUCACCACUUCAUUGAUGGCUUUAAUGAGGAGAAAAGCAACUGGAUGCGCUACGUGAAUCCGGCGCACUCUGCCCAAGAGCAAAACCUGGCUGCGUGCCAGAAUGGGAUGAACAUCUACUUCUACACCAUUAAGCCCAUUCCUGCCAACCAGGAGCUGCUUGUGUGGUAUUGUCGGGACUUUGCAGAAAGGCUGCAUUACCCUUAUCCUGGAGAGCUGACAAUGAUGAAUCUCACACAAGCACAGAGCCAGUCAAAGCAGCAGAGCACUGAGAAAAAUGACCUUUGCCCAAGGAACGCCCCAAAGAGAGAGUACAGCGUGAAAGAAAUCCUAAAAUUGGACUCCAGCCCCUCCAAAAGAAAGGACUUCUACCGUUCAAACAUUUCACCCCUCACUUCAGAAAAGGACACAGAUGACUUCAGGAAGAAUGGGAGCCCCGAAAUGCCCUUCUACCCCCGGGUCGUGUACCCGAUCCGGGCCCCUCUCCCGGAAGACUUUUUGAAAGCUUCCCUGGCCUAUGGGAUGGAGAGGCCGACGUACAUCCCUCACUCCCCCAUCCCGUCCUCCACGACGCCCAGUCCCUCAGCAAGAAGCAGCCCGGACCAAAGCCUCAAAAGCUCCAGUCCUCACAGCAGCCCAGGGAACACCGUGUCGCCUCUGGCUCCGGGGCCUCAAGAUCACCGGGACUCCUACUCCUACUCCUACUUGAACCCGCCCUACGGCUCUGAAGGUCUGGGUGCUUACCCUGGAUACGCGCCUCCCCACCACCUCCCGCCAGCCUUCAUCCCCUCCUACAACGGCCACUACCCCAAGCUCCUCUUGCCCCCCUACGGCAUGAAUUGUAAUGGCCUGAGCACCAUGGGCAGCAUCAAUGGCAUCAGCAACUUCGGCCUCUUCCCCAGGCUGUACCCCGUCUACAGUAACCUCCUCGGUGGGGGCAGCCUGCCUCACCCCAUGCUCAACCCGCCCACUCUGCCCAGCUCGCUGCCCUCGGAAGGAGCAAGGAGGUUGCUGCAGCCGGAACAUCCCGGAGAGGUGCUGGUCCCAACGCCCCGCAGUGCCUUCUCCCUCACCGGGGCCGCCGCCAGCAUGAAGGACAAGGUAUGCAGCCCCACCAGCGGGUCGCCCACUGCGGGCACUGCUGCCACGGCGGAACACGUGGUGCAGCCCAAAGCUACCUCAGCAGCGAUGGCAGCCCCCAGCAGUGACGAGGCCAUGAAUCUCAUAAAAAAUAAAAGGAACAUGACUGGCUACAAGACACUCCCCUACCCCCUCAAGAAGCAGAAUGGCAAGAUUAAGUAUGAAUGCAAUGUCUGCUCCAAGACUUUUGGCCAGCUCUCAAAUCUGAAGGUCCACCUCCGAGUGCACAGUGGAGAACGGCCUUUCAAAUGUCAGACUUGCAACAAAGGCUUUACUCAGCUCGCCCACCUGCAGAAACACUACCUGGUCCACACGGGAGAAAAGCCACAUGAAUGCCAGGUUUGCCACAAGCGGUUCAGCAGCACCAGCAAUCUCAAGACCCACCUGCGACUCCACUCCGGAGAGAAACCUUACCAAUGCAAGGUGUGCCCCGCCAAGUUCACCCAGUUCGUGCACCUGAAACUCCACAAGCGCCUACACACCCGGGAGCGGCCCCACAAGUGCGCCCAUUGCCACAAGAGCUACAUCCAUCUCUGCAGCCUCAAGGUCCACCUGAAGGGGAACUGUCCUCUGGCCCCAACCACGGGGCUGCCUUUGGAGGACCUGACUCGAAUCAAUGAAGAAAUCGAGAAGUUUGACAUCAGUGACAAUGCCGACCGGCUCGAGGACAUGGAGGACAACAUCGAUGUGACCUCCUCUGUGGUGGAGAAGGAAAUCCUGGCCGUGGUCAGGAAAGAGAAAGAAGAAACUGGCCUGAAAGUGUCUUUGCAAAGAAACCUGGGGAAUGGACUCCUCUCAGGGUGUAACCUCUAUGAGUCAUCAGACCUGUCCCUCAUGAAGUUGCCUCCCAGCAACCCACUACCUCUGGGACCUGUCAAGGUCAAACAAGAAACAGUCGAACCAGUGGAUCCUUAAGAUUUUCAGGAAACAAAAAGUGUCUUAUUUUGUUUCUUAACUUACGACUUGGCGAGUCAGGGUGCCUGUAGCAGAUUCCUUGUACAUAGACCCAGGGCCGCAAAGCUCUCCCUCACCUGUCUGGAAUUGAAGAAGGAGCUCCAGAGUUACUGAAAUCUCAGGGCAUAAAUGAGCAAAGACAAUAUAUUAUACAUAUUAUAUAUACUUAUUUACCCCCAUAUAUAUAUAUUUGAACACAAUAUAUUAUACAUAUUAUAUAUACUUAUUUACCCCAUAUAUAUAUUUGAAUCUGUGUAUUUUGAAUAUUUUGUGUGAAUAUGUUUGCAUAGCCUUCCCAUUGCUAAGAAUAUUGCCUAGCCAUAAUUAUUUUUUCAAUGAUAUUAAUCCUUCAUAAUUUAUUAUACAAUUUACCAUUUAAAAGCAAUAAUUAAAAAAACGUUUACAAUGACUGGAAAAAUUCCUUGUAAUUUGAGUAUAGAUGUUAUAUAUGUUUGUCUUGUGGCCAUUCUUUGUAAACAAUCUCUGCACAUCUGUUAAAGUACCUAAGAUUUAGUAAUCAAAUACAUGACUCCAGUCAACCUCCUUCUGUAAUAAUGGUUUGAAAAUGAGGUUUUGGUAUUGCCAAAAAUACAGUUGUUGUGUUAAUUCAUAGGAUCAUGUCAUUUGAACAGCAUUGCAUAACUUGGGGGUAUGUGUGCAGAAUUACCCGGUAAUAACUUCCAGUAGAAUAAACAAGAAAGGGAAUCUUGUAUGUUUCUGUAGAUAGUGCGGUUAUUUUCCCCCUAGCCACAGAGUUACUAGAAAGGUGACAACCUGUCUCCCUCUCCAAAAAGCAGGGUCACCGCACCCCCAGAGUCAUGUGACCAUUCAGAGUGGCCCCAUGACUUUUGCAUUCCCACCUUAUUAUCUAAAAAUGUGAAGAAGACAAAAUGCCAUGUUUAAAACCACUGCGAAACAUUUCCAAAGCACAGAUGGUUUUGUGUGUGUGAGGUUUAGGGGCUUGAGUCUGGGUGAUGUUUUUGUUGUUGGGUUUUUGUUUUAUUUGUCAUGUUAAAAUUGCACAAACAUGGUGCUCCACCAGGAAGGAUUUGAGGUAGAUGGGCUCAGGCCACACUUAAAAAAAAACCAAAAACGGGUAUUCUCAUUGUCUUAGGGUCAAAGCGGGUAAUGAGCAUUCCUAUCCCCAACACAUCAAUUGUAUUCUUUCUGUAAAACUCCGAUUUUCCUCAGUAUUUGUGUUUUUACAUUUUAUGGUUAAUUUAAUUGAAGAUGAAAGGGCAUUGCAAAGUUGUUCAACAACAAUUACCUCAUUGAGUGUGUCCAGUCGUGCAGGAAAUGAUGGCUUAUCUAAUGAUUUGCUACUCCAGACGAAACUAAGUGUGCUCCGGAAAGAUAGAACAAGGCCAUUCUAUCUCUUACUCUGCUUAGCCCAAAGAUUACAUGUCGGCAUUCAAGGUGUAGCAAAGAAUGAUGUAUAUUUAUAAAUCUAUUUAUACCACUAUACCAUGUAUAUAUAAUAUAUUUAUAACCACUUAAAUUGUGAGCCAAACCAUGUAAAAGAACCUACUUUUCUAAGGGCAAGAAAAGACCAAAAAAAACAAAAACAAAAAAAAACCCUUUCUGAGACUUUCUUUAGCACUCAAUGACCUCACAAUCAUAUUGAUGAGCUUGAGCACCCCUCACUAUUUGUAAAAGACCCUAAAACCUUGGUACAAAGGUGGGGACUGCAUCAUAACCAGGGAAAAAGAGAUUGCUUUUUUACUAUUAAGGACAAUCUAAGAUGGCUUUAUUUUUGUUUUGCCACAUUAUGAUUAUGUGGUCAUACCCAAUUCAUGGAAAUAAAAAUUCCAUUAUUACUCCUUUACUAUUGUAAUUUUUUCUCUCUUCCUCUCCCUCCUUCCUAAAUAGCUGGUGUAUCACUAGUCAAUGCGGUUUAUAUAUGUAUAUGCAGCAUUCUGUUCAUGGCAACUAAUGCCAACCUGCAGAAGAGAACAACAAAUCCAGGGAAACCCAAGAGCCUUAGUGAUCUGUUCCCAUAAGGAGCGAAACUGGCAGUUUAUUAUGUCUCAGUAUUCGACAAACGCUGUCGUUAACUACAGGUAAACCAAAGCCUCACACUGACAUUGACACCAAAUUCUUUCUAUUCCCAACCGCUCGUUUGUCCUCUUCCCCCUCUGUGCUUGCUUACAUGUGGGAGUUUUUACCAAGACCUGCACAGUGGCUGAGACUUCCUGCUUCUCUGUAGUGUCUGACUUUCCCUCCAAGGCCUCUUACAUGUGAAGGUUGAGCCCACAAUCAGCAGUGGUUCUAUUUUUUUCCCCCUUACAGUCAAAACUGACCAAAGUUACUGGCUUUUUACUUUGCUAGGACAACAAACUAUCUUAUGUUUACUUACUGGUUUACAUUGUUAUUUAUGUGCAAAUUGUCAAAAUGUAAAUUAAAUAUAAAUGUUCAUGCUCUACCAA